CUAUCACCUGCUCAAUUUGCUCUAGUGCUUACUGCUUUACCACAUUACCGCUUUACCAGUUAACCCUCGACUCUCGAGGCCUCGACGAUUAGUGUAGAAUGUAAAAGGCUGCUUGAAUGACUAUUGACUAUCUUUCUACCUUUAUUACGGGCUGUGAAUUCUACAGCAUAAUUUUAAAUAUUUAUUAAAUGGUUGACAACUUUCAAUAAAUAUAAUAUAAUAAAUAAAUAUAAUACGUUCCGUACUCYGUAACCGUUACAAUAAGACGUAUUAUCACUAUAGAAGUAUAGAUUAUAGAACUCAAAAUCGUAGUCUGAUCACGAACGGCUGUCGUUCGGUCACCGUUUACUAGUUAAUAGUUAUUACACCGCUAAACAACUAGAAGUUAUAUCGUUUAACUAACCCUUCUCUAAGCACUUCAAAGAUUUAUGGUUUUUGAUGUUGGUAGUUAAGUCAAAACCAUUUACAAGUAUGGAUGAAUCAAUCGAUAUUGAAAAUACUAAUUUAUUAAGAGAUUUCAAUGAAACUCAACCUAAUCAUGAAUGGUCUCCUUUUAUAUGCAAUGGUCCUUCACAUUUGCCUACUUUCAAAGUCUCAUUAUAUCUAAAUAAUCUUCAGUUUUAUGGUUGUGGGCCUUCAAAAAAAAAAGCUAAAAUAGAUGCAAUAAAAAACUUCAAAUUACACACUUUAAAUCAUGAUAAUAAUUUCAAGGUUAAUCAUACUGUAGUAAGUAAUGUACAAGUUGGUAAAAGAAAAUGUACUGACAAUAUGAUAGAAAACUCAUUAUCUAAAAAACUUGCAAUAGAACAUCAAGUUACUGAGCAUCAAACAUCGGCAGUAUGCAUCCUACAUGAAUUAUUUCCAGGACAAACCUUUGCAUACGAGCAUGAGCAGUCCCAUGGUAUAUUAGAAACAGUUAGUGUCAUAGUUUCUGGUAUUAAGUACAUAGGUUAUGGGAAAAGUAAAAAAGAAGCAAAAGAAAUUGCAUGUCGCAAUGCUCUAAAAUCCUUGUACGAAACGCAGCCAAUAGAUAACAAGUUCAAAAACCAAAUAGAAAUGUUGCGUACUGAUUAUAAUGAUGCUAAAAUCAUUGAUCAUUUCGCUAAAAUCACAGAUAUAGUAUACCAAAAAUUGGAAUUUGAUCAAAUUAAAUUUAAAGAAUACUCUGUCAUCGCUAGUAUUAUCAAAAUGACCAAAGAUGAUUUGAGGUCAGCACAAGUAAUUUGUUUGGCUACUGGUACAAAAUGUUUAUCUGGUAAUUAUUUAAGCCUUAGUGGGGAAUCUUUACAUGAUUGCCAUGCAGAAAUAUUGACCCGCAGAUGCCUAUUGAAAUUUUUUUAUAAAGAACUGAUGGAAUCAGUGAAAGGCCUUCCUUCCAUUUUUAUCUCAGAUGAUAAAAAAUGUAAGUUUAAAUUAGCUGAAGAUAUAGCAUUUCACUUAUAUAUAAACACAGCUCCUUGUGGUGAAGCUAGAGUUUUUAGCUUCUGUGAUACUGAACACCAAUUUAAUCGUUUGAACCGUGGUUUGCUACGGUCAAAAAUUGAAAAUGGUGCAGGCACUGUAUCUGUGUUUGGUAGAGAAGUUCAAACAUAUGAUGGAGUUGCUCAGGGUGAACGUCUUGUUACUAUGUCUUGUUCAGACAAACUAACACGAUGGAAUGUACUUGGACUUCAAGGAAAUUUACUAUCAAAUUUUAUUGAACCCAUCUAUUUAGAAUCAAUAUCUAUCGGAAGUAUAUUUAACUUAAAUCAUAUGAAGCGAACAAUUUAUGGUCGUGUUGAAAACAGCAUUAAUAAAUUACCACAACAUUAUAAAGUACAGAAACCGCAACUUCGUGGUUAUGGUAUACUUCCUCGUAGAUCUGUUACACAAUCACCUCACUGUGUUAAUUGGAUUAUUAAUGAAGGAAUUGAAAUUAUUAAAGGAAGUGUGGGUAGAACAAUUGAAAACAAGUUGUCCAGAGUGUGCAAAACUUCAUUGGCUAAAGAAUACAUCAAACUGUGUAGUGUUACAAAUAAUUUAUCAAUUCUUAUUGAAAACGAAUCAAAUAUAUUUUAUGAUUCAUUGAAAAAUAAAAAUAAGAAUUAUGUAGCUGCAAAAUGUGAACUGUUAUCAACAUUUAAGUCAUUAAAACUUGGGACUUGGGUACAUAAACCUGAAGAACUUAAAAGUUUUGAAUUAAAUGUUGGUAAUACAAUAGAUAAAUUUGAAACAAUAGCAUAAUAAUUCARUUAUUCAUUGAAGUUUUUCUAAGAAUAUUAAAAAUGUAUAAUUUGUAGAAAAUUUCCAUGAUAGUAGUAGUUAUAAGGAAGAUGCUAAAAAUCACCUCCCCGCUUUUCCCUAAUUUGGUAUGAAUUUAUAUAAAUAAUUCUUACAUAUUGAUGUACUCAGGUCUACCUCAAGAUUAAUUCAUGAAGAUAUUCUUCUUUACUUUGACUAUUAUUUAUUGUAAAUAUUUUGUUUAAAAAAAAAUUAUAACUUUGA